UCAGUUAACCCCUAAUUUAAAUUGUGUAGUGCAUUAGAAACCUUAUCACAAAAAUGUGUUGCAUUUGGAUCUUAAUUUUUCAUCUUCUUGCUCUUGCACUUGUGCUCCGGCCAUGGCUGUACUUGAGGAACAGCCACAAGAAUAAACUGCCUCCUGGUCCCAAAGGGUUUCCAAUUCUGGGUUGCCUUCAUUUGUUUGGAAAGAAUCCACACAGAGAUCUUCAUCGCUUGUCUCAAACAUAUGGACCAAUCAUGCACAUCAAACUUGGUCUUGUACACACCAUUGUUGUCUCUUCCCCACGAGCUGCAGAGCUGUUUCUCAAAACCUACGAUCUUGUUUUCGCCAAUCGCCCACCAAGUGAGGUCUUCACCCACAUAGCUUAUGGUCUAAAGAACAUUCUGUUUGCUCCAUACGGCUCUUAUUGGAGCAACAUGCGCAAAAUGUGCACUCUCGAGUUACUCAACAGCCACAAAGUCCAAUCUUUCAAAUCGAUGAGAAGGGAAGAGGUUGGAUUGUUGACUGAGGAUCUUCGAGAGGCUGCAAAAACUGGUGUGGCUGUGGAUCUUACUUCCAAGAUCUUCUCUCUUAAUUUAGACAUGACUUGUCUGAUGAUCUUUGGAAGGAAAUAUGUAGGAAAAGAAGUUGAUGAUGAGAGGGGUUUUAAAUGGGUGGUUCAAGAGGCCUUGCGAUUGGGAGCAGCUCCUAACUUGGGGGAUUUAAUUCCUUGUAUUGCACCAUUUGAUCUUCAAGGGCUGAACCGUCGAGCAAAAUCUGUUGGCAAAGUGCUUGAUGGGUUUCUAGAAAGCAUUAUAGAUGAACACCUUCGUGAAGCCGAUAACGAGACCAAAGAUUUUGUAGAUGUCAUGUUGGACAUCGUGGGCUCUCGAGAAACUGAGUAUCAAAUUGAUCGAUCUAACAUCAAAGCCAUAAUCCUUGAUAUGGUUCUAGCGACAACUGACACUACGGCCACCACUAUCGAAUGGGCACUGUCUGAGCUUGUCAAACACCCACGUGUAAUGAAGAAAUUACAAGAAGAAUUAGAAAAGGUUGUGGGAUUGAGUGGGAUGGUGGAAGAAUCAGACUUGGAUUACUUGAAAUACUUGGACAUGAUAGUUAAAGAAAUUCUCAGGUUGCAUCCUCCAGGUCCGUUAUUAGUUCCACAUGAGUCGUCUGAAGAUUGCACAAUCGAUAACUUCUAUAUUCCUAAAAAGUCACGUGUAAUAGUGAAUGCAUGGGCAAUUGGACGAGAUCCAAGUGUUUGGAUUGAUGUAGAAAAGUUCUUUCCAGAGAGGUUUAUUGGCAACCAAGUGGAUAUGAAAGGAAAACAUUUUCAACUAAUCCCAUUCGGAGCUGGACGAAGAGGUUGUCCGGGAAUGGAAAUGGGUCUAACCAUAGUUCAUAUGGUAAUAGCUCAACUUGUGCACUGUUUUGAUUGGAAGCUUCCAAAUGAUAUGUUACCAAUUGAAUUAGAUAUGUCUGAAAAAUCUGGUUUAACGUCUCCUAGAGCUCAAAAUCUUAUGGUGACUCCUAUUUACCGUCUUUAUAACUAAUAGGUUGUGUGGAUAAGUUGCUUAAAAGUUAAAAAGAUAUUAAGAAUGGUACGAGGUUUGUCUUUGUGGACCCUAGCAAGAUUUCUAGGUUGGAAAAUUUGAUAUUUAGGACCGCUCCGCGUGUACUUUUAUUUGGUUUA